CAAGAAGGGCGCCAACAUCCAACCUCGACUUUGAGCGGCGUCAAGAAAGUCAACAUCACUUGGAGAACUAUAAGUACUCAAUCAAUUGGGAGUGUCUAUGGAGUCUUGGCCGUGAAAAAAAUAUCAAAACAGGACUACACCACUGAGCUUCAAAAUGGCACCGACAGCUUGUACAGUUCGACAUGCUCGUCAAGAAGAUGUUCCUAUAAUUCUGGACUUGAUCAAAGAGCUUGCCGACUAUGAAAAGGAGCUCAAUUCAGUUGAGGCGACUGAGCAAACGCUCCUGUCUACCAUUGCCUUUGCUCCCGAUGGUGUAGAGUCAACAUCCACGGCACCCAACACAGAGCCCACAUCGCCAACCCGACCAGCCCGCUGCCUGCUGCUAUUUAACGAAGUCGGACAACCAUGUGGCAUGGCUCUGUAUUUCUAUAACUACAGCACAUGGAGAGCCAAGGCCGGCAUCUACCUUGAGGAUCUGUACGUCAGGCAAACAGAACGCAAGAAGGGCUACGGAAAGAAACUCUUGAUUGAGCUGGCCAAGGAAGUCGUGGCUACAGAUGGCGGAAGACUCGAGUGGGUCGUUCUCAAGUGGAAUGAGCCCAGCAUCAAGUUCUACGAGUCGAUAGGGGCUAAGGCAAUGCAUGAUUGGGUUGGCAUGAGAGUUGACCGAGAGGGUUUGACACGAUUAACCAAGCUUGUGGACUAGACUAGAUAAAAUAUACACUGGAUGCAAGUCCAUCUGCUUUUCGCGUUCUCUUUAGCUGCUCGAAGUAUUGCAUGUAUGGAGGCUACUCAACACAUUGUUCCCGUCAUUGCCACCGUAUAGCAUGUAUUAUAGAAAACCAGAGUACCUAACAAAGUCCAUCUUGAG